AUGUCUAAAUCAACUCUAUUGAUUCGCCAAACUUUGUUCCAUCGUCCCCGGCGUAACAUUGCUGGCUCCUCAUCACAACGGACAUCGACGUCUCCUCAAAGGAGAAACGCUGCCGCUCCUGCAUUAGCUACGAACAUCAGACCCUUCAAUGAGAUCCCUGGGCCUAUUGCACUACCGAUGUUGAGACAUUCAGCACAUGUUCUACCGAGAAUUGGUAGCUACCAUCACACCGUCGGUCUCGGCCUUCUGGAGGGUCUUCGUGACAAAUAUGGUGACUUGGUGCGUUUGGCAAAGGCGUCUAGGACUAGACCUGUCCUAUACGUAUUUGAUCCUGAACUAAUGCAAGAGGUGUAUGAAAGUCGUGCGACGGAGCCUCCGCGCUUUGAGAAAUCACCUCUAUGUCACCACCGAAGGGGUAUUGGCGAAUGUCCUGCCCAUAGUGACGAAACCAAAGCAAUAUGGGCCGCGAUCCGCGCACUACUAAAAGACGGGACAUUACUCAAGAACUAUGAAAAGGCUUUCGAUGACAUAGCUGCUGAUACAACACGCAGACUUGGAGAGUUGCGCUACGCAGAGAAUGCUCUAAAUGAAGAGCUGGAGACAGAGAUCUACCGAUGGGCCAUCGAGACCAUCGGCAUGAUGAUCUUUGGCAUCAGGUUGGGAUGUUUAGAUGGGGCUGUACACAGACCUUGCUCAAAAACAAGGAAACCAGAGAAAACCUCCAUGGAUGACGAGAUUCAGGAUCUGUGUUCCCUUUCAAAACGCUGCUUCGAAGAGCUCACUCCAGCAGAACGUCUUGUGCGAUGUAGCCGAGACAUAGCUGAUGGCAACUUCCUCGUACGAAGCGAGGCCACUCUCAAGACUGAAAACCAAACCUUCAACAACGCUUUGAAGGCUUUUGAUAGACAUUUUAAUCUCACAGAACACUUCCUGGUGAAAGCCCUAGAAGAACUUAACUCGGCUGAACUGAGACCAGAGCAAACACUACUUGACAAACUGAGACCACUGGAAAGGCGGAUGCUGCCGCUCGCUGCAGAUAUUCUACUAGCCGGAGUUAACCCGCUGGCCCAAACAGCUUUGCAUAUGUUUUACCAAUUGUCUCUUCACGCUGCUCGGCAACAGAGAGCUCACGACGAAGUCCACUGGUCCAUUGCCUCGAGGAAUGAAGGAGACUCUCCAGAACUGCCGUACGUCGCAGCUUGCGCCCGAGAGGCGAUGAGGCUGCAUCCAGCUACCGGCGGAGUUGUUAGACGGAAUCGGGAACCGAUACUGCUAGCUGGUUUUGAAAUACCUGCUGGGGUAGACAUAGUUCUUGCCCACGGCGUCACAAGCAAAUCAGAAAAACAAUGGGGUCGCGCAAACGCCUUCGUCCCUGAACGAUGGUGCAGUGAAGGCUGGCAGCCGCUGAAAGCUUCUAGAGCACAUCCAUACGCUUCUAAGCCAUUCGGUGAAUCAUGCCCAGGUACUGGUGCGGUAGGCAGUAUGUUAUCUGCACUUACAACUCGAGUUUUGGACAAGUACAGACUCGAAUGGCACGGACCCUCGCCUAGCGUAGCGACAUCUGGAGUCAACAGACUGCACCCGCCAUUCUACUUCGUGCUCCAGAAUGCUGCUUGA